AUGAUAUUAGAAGCAAUAUUCAUACUUGUUUUAGUAUUGUUUAUUGCAAAGAAAUAUUUAUCAAAUAAUUUACCAUUGAAUUUAUCAGAUAGAGAUGCUAUUAUAAAUAUAGAAUUAUUUAUAAGAAUUUUUUGUAAUUAUAUGAUAAUUAUAUUGGAACCUAUUUUUGGUGAACAGGUUCAUUACAAAGUUUUAAGAUUUUGGACAUUUAUUGGAAGGAAAUUAUCAACAAAGAAAUCGAAAAAUGUUUUAAUACAAAAUAAAACCAUAGGUGGAGUUCCAUGUAGAAUUUAUAUACCUAAUGUAUUUGAUAAAAGUGCAGUGAUUUUUAUUCAUGGUGGAGGUUUUAUGGCUUUACAUCCUGAAAAUUAUGAAUUACCUUGUAUUGAAAUAUCAAAAAAAUCUAAAUCAAUUAUUAUUUCAAUUGAUUAUUCAUUGAGUCCAGAAUCAAAAUUUCCUAAAGCUAUAGAAGAAUGUGAAAAUGUUAUAACUGAGUUUUGUUCAUCUUAUUAUAAAAAUUAUCAAGUUGAUAAAAAUUGUAUCUCCAUUAUGGGUGAUUCUGCUGGUGGUAACUUAGCCACAGUUACUUGUUUACGUUUAGCAAAAAAAGGCAAAUCACAUUUUAUUAAAAAAUGUGUUUUAAUAUAUCCAGUUAUUUCUUCUUUAAACUUUUUACUACCUUCAUAUCAAUAUUAUUAUGAAAAAUGUAAUAAUUUUGCCUUAUUAAAUCCUAUUAUAAAAGCACAUAUUUUAAAAUUUUAUUUACCAAUAGAAAUUUCAAAAUCAGAUAUUAAGAAAAUUUUACUUAAUGGUCAUGUACCUUAUGAUUUAAGAAAUUUAGACUUUAUGUCUCCUGAAAUAAUUCCUAUUUCAUGGCGUAAUGAAAUAAAAAACAAUAUUAAAUCAAUAGAACCUGAUGAGGAACUUUGUGAUAAAUUUAAAGAAUAUCUUAUCAAUCCAGAAUUUUCCCCAAUAAUGUCAACACACAAUGAAUUAUCAAAUCUUCCUAAAACUAUUAUAUUUACAUGUGGUUGUGAUGUUUUGAGAGAUGAAGGAUAUUUAUAUUAUAAAAAAUUGGAAAAAUCAAAUGUUGAUGUACAAUGGAAACAUUAUGAAGAUGCUAUUCAUGGUGGUUUAAAUAUUCCUAAAUCAAUUGUAUAUAAAAGAUUUAUAAAUGAUAUUGUUGAAUAUUUAAAGUAA